AUGGUGGGCAAAGGCCGUGCCAUUGCUGUGGUCAAACCUGGGACCUUGGAUGAGGCCCUCCGAGUUCUGAAAGCUUGCGUCGCAGCAGACACUGCCAUUAUACCUCAGGGAGCAAAGACCGGGCUGACGGGUGGCUCGGUUCCUAGGGGUUCCGGCUGCGACCGUCCAAGCGUGGUCAUCAACAUGAGACGCUUGGAGAAGAUUCUUCCAAUUGGCGCUGGGCAGCAGGUGCUUUGCUUUGCCGGCGCCGGUAUCUUCAGCUUGCAAGAGGCACUGAAGCCGCUCAAACGUGAUUCCCAUUCCGUGCUCGGCUCCAUCUUCCUGAACCCAUCGGUUGCAGCGGGCAUUGCUUUUGGCAGCGGUGGAACGCAGGUCCACAAGGGGCCUGCGUACACAGAUCGAGCACUCUUCUGCCGCAUUACGGAAGGUGGUGAAGUGGAGUUGGUCAACACACUAGGUUUGAAAACUCCAACUGGCCAGGAGAUAAUUCCGUUCUUGGAUGGUGCCACAGAGCUCUCGGCGAGCGACGCUGACCCUGCAUGCCAAAGAGCUGCCUCAUGGCCAAACUACCCAGAGCACGUUACUAGCUGUGACGGCAAGGUCUCCAGAUACUGCUCUGACCUUGCGGGCGAAGACUGCAAUCGCUCUGAGGGGAAGGUAUUAAUUCUUGCAACGAUUCAUGACACAUUCCCUCUACCGCGUGAGAACAAAUUUGUUUGGAUCUCUUGCAAAGACUUUGCAACAGCGAACCUCCUCAAGCGCAAAGUUGCUCUUAGCUCCCCAGACUGCCUGCCGAAGCAAUUCGAAUAUCUGGGGCGUGCCCAGUUCGAUUGCUGUGAUCGUGGCGGCCGGGUGUUGAUCAAGCUGAUUGAGCUGUUGGGGAUGAUGAACCUGUCGGGUCUCUGGAAUUUCAAGCUUAAGUUUGAGGCUCUGCCGAUCCCUUUCGUUAAUGUGUUGGCAGAUAAAGUUCUGUGGUAUUUGAAUCCGGUUUUUCCUGAGUCCUUGCCCAAGCAGCUCAUGCAGCAGGGCCGGGACUACAACCAUCAUUUGAUUAUGGAAAUGACAGAGUUUGGGGGCGGCGAGUUAAAGCGCCUGGAGGCAUUGCUGGAGAGUGUCCUGGCAGACUUGCCUGAGGGCCAAGCGAAGAGCUACGUUUGCAAAGAUGCUUUUGAAUCAUCGCGGGUGAUGCUUUUCCGAUUUGCGGUUCAGCCCUCCAUCCGAACUAUGGCGGUUGGCACUGGUCGGCAGGGCCUGAUCAUCGACUAUGCCAUGCCGAAGAACUUCGACAGAAUCUUGGAGCUGCCGGAGGACUGGGGCAUUGAAAUGCGAUGCCUUUGCUCGCACUUUGGCUGUAAUGUCUUUCAUGAAAGCCUCGUUCUGCGGAACGAUGUCGAUGCAGAGGCCAUGAAGAAGAAGAUCAAGAAGUUCAUUGAGAGCAGCGGCGGCAAGCUUCCAGCCGAGCAUGGCCACGGCACCGAAUACGCGGCACCCGAAGACACCCAACAACGAUGGCGCAGGAUCGAUCCUAGGAAUUGCAUGAACCCAGGAGUGGGUCAAACCUCAUGCUUACGCCAUUAUGGCUAA